AUCUUGGAGACAAUUGGCUUCGGAAGAAAACUAAUAGGGAAAACUGAUUAUUAUUUUUCUUAAGGCUGCUGAUGUUUAUUGGCUUCUCAUCACUCCUAAAUCUACUACUGGAGAAAUAAAGUUGGAAGAAAGUUUACCAAGAUUUUUAUUGCUGCCUUGAUACACUCUUUUCUCCCCAAAUGAUUUGGUGGGAAGAAGUAGAGGAUUGUUAUGAAAGAGAAGAUGUUCAAAAGAAAACAUUCACAAAAUGGAUAAAUGCACAAUUUUCUAAGUUUGGAAAGCAGCACAUUGAGAACCUCUUCAGUGACUUCCAGGAUGGGCGACGCCUCCUAGACCUUCUUGAAGGCCUGACAGGGCAAAAACUGCCACAAGAAAAAGGAUCCACAAGAGUUCAUGCCCUGAACAAUGUCAACAAGGCACUUCGGGUCUUGCAGAAAAAUAAUGUUGAUUUAGUGAAUAUUGGAAGCACUGACAUAGUAGAUGGAAAUCAUAAACUGACUCUUGGUUUGAUUUGGAAUAUAAUCCUCCACUGGCAGGUAAAAAAUGUAAUGAAAAAUAUCAUGGCUGGAUUGCAACAAACCAACAGUGAAAAGAUUCUCCUGAGCUGGGUCCGACAAUCAACUCGUAAUUAUCCACAAGUUAAUGUCCUUAACUUCACCACCAGCUGGUCGGAUGGCCUGGCUUUGAAUGCGCUCAUCCACAGUCAUAGGCCAGACCUGUUUGAUUGGAAUAGUGUGGCUGGUCUGCAGUCAGCCACACAACGUCUGGAACAUGCAUUCAGCAUUGCCAAACAUCACUUAGGCAUAGAGAAGCUACUGGAUCCUGAAGAUGUUGCCACCACUUAUCCAGAUAAGAAGUCCAUCUUAAUGUAUAUCACAUCACUGUUCCAAGUUUUGCCUCAGCAAGUGAGCAUUGAAGCCAUCCAGGAAGUGGAAAGGUUGCCAAGGACAACAUCGAAAGUUACUAGAGAAGAACAUUAUCAGUUACAUCAUCAAAUGCACUAUUCUCAACAGAUUACAGUCAGUUUAGCACAAGGCUAUGAGCGAACUCCAUCAUCACCGAAGCCUCGCUUCAAGAGCUAUGCCUACACACAGGCUGCUUAUGUCACCACCUCUGAUGCCACACGGAGCCCGUUUCCAUCAAAGCAUUUGGACGCUCCUGAAGUCAAGUCAUUUGGAAGUUCAUUGAUGGAAACUGAGGUAAACCUGGACAGUUACCAAACAGCUUUAGAAGAAGUACUCUCAUGGCUUCUUUCAGCAGAGGACACAUUGCAAGCACAAGGAGAGAUUUCUAAUAAUGUAGAAGAAGUGAAGGAACAAUUUCAUACUCAUGAGGGGUACAUGAUGGAUUUAACAUCCCAUCAGGGACGGGUUGGAAAUGUUCUGCAAUUGGGAAGUCGGCUCAUUGGAACAGGGAAAUUAUCAGAAGAUGAAGAAACGGAAGUUCAAGAACAAAUGAAUCUCCUCAACUCAAGAUGGGAAUCUCUCAGGGUGGCUAGCAUGGAAAAGCAAAGCAAUUUACAUAAGGUUCUAAUGGAUCUACAAAAUCAGCAACUAAAAGAAUUAAAUGACUGGCUAACAGCAACAGAGGAGAGAACAAGGAAAAUGGAGAAGGAGCCCCUUGGACCUGAUCUUGAGGAUCUAAAACGCCAAGUACAACAGCAUAAGGUGCUUCAAGAAGAUCUAGAGCAGGAACAAGUCCGGGUCAAUUCCCUCACUCAUAUGGUGGUGGUAGUUGAUGAAGCUAGUGGAGAUCACGCAACGGCUGCUCUGGAGGAACAACUUAAGGUAUUGGGAGAUCGCUGGGCGAAUAUCUGUAGGUGGACAGAAGACCGCUGGGUUCUUUUACAAGAAGUCCUCCUGAAGUGGCAACGCUUCACUGAGGAGCAAUACCAUUUCAGUUCAUGGCUUUCAGAAAGAGAAGAGGCAGUCAACAAGAUUCACACCACCGCCUUUACGGAUCAAAGCGAAAUGUUAUCAAGUCAUCAAAAACUAACUGGUUUAAAAGCAGAUUUAGAAAACAAAAAGCAAACCAUGGACAAACUCCGAUCACUCAACCAAGAUCUUCUUUCAACACUGAAAAAUAAAGCGGUCGCCCAAAAGAUGGAAGCGGGACUGGAGAGCUUUGCCCAGCGCUGGGAUAAUUUAGCUAAAAAAGUGGAAAAGAGCUCAGCCCAGAUUUCACAGGCUGCCACCACCACUCAGCCAUCACUAACACAGACAACUGUAAUGGAAACAGUAACUAUGGUGACGACACAGGAACAGAUCCUGGUAAAGCAUACCCAAGAGGAACUCCCACCAGCAGCACCACCCCAAAAGAAGAGACAGAUAAUCCUGGAUUCUGAAAUUAGGAAAAGGUUGGAUGUCGAUAUAACUGAACUUCACAGUUGGAUUACUCGUUCAGAAGCAGUGUUGCAGAGUCCUGAAUUUGCAAUCUAUCGGAAGGAAGGCAACUUCUCAGACCUAAAAGAAAAAGUCAAUGCCAUAGAACGAGAAAAAGCCGAGAAGUUCAGAAGACUGCAAGAUGCCAGCAGAUCAGCACAGGCCCUGGUGGAACAGAUGGUGAAUGAGGGUGUUAACGCUGACAGCAUCAAACAAGCCUCAGAACAACUGAACAACCGGUGGAUCGAGUUCUGCCAAUUGCUAAGUGAGAGACUUAACUGGCUGGAGUAUCAGAACAACAUCAUCACUUUCUAUAAUCAGCUACAACAAUUGGAGCAGAUGACAACUACUGCUGAAAACUGGUUGAAAACCCAGCCCACCUCCACAUCAGAUCCAACAGCAAUUAAAAGCCAGUUAAAGAUUUGUAAGGAUGAAGUCGACAGGCUGUCUGCUCUUCAGCCACAAAUUGAGCGAUUAAAAAACCAAAGCAUCACCCUGAAAGAGAAAGGUCAAGGGCCAAUGUUCCUGGAUGCAGACUUUGUGGCCUUUACAAAUCAUUUUAACCAAGUCCUUGCUGAUGUGCGGGCCAGAGAGAAAGAACUACAGACAAUUUCCGAUGCUUUGCCACCCAUACGCUAUCAGGAGACCAUGAGCACCAUCGUGACCUGGAUCCAGCAAUCAGAAACAAAACUCUCUAUACCUCAGGUUACUGUGACUGAGUAUGAAGUCAUGGAGCAGAGGCUGGUGGAAUUACAGGCUUUACAAAGCUCUCUCCAAGAUCAACAGAGUAGCCUAAACUAUCUCAGCACCACUGUGGAAGAGAUGUCAAAGAAAGCACCCUCUAAUAUUAGCCGGAAAUAUCUGUCCGAAUUUGAAGAGAUCGAGGGCAGAUGGAAGAAGCUGUCCUCCAAGCUGGCAGAAAAUUGUCACAAGUUAGAGGACCAUAUGACUAAACUCCGAAAAAUUCAGCAUCACAUAACAACCCUGAAGAAAUGGAUGGCUGAAGUUGAUGUUUUCCUGAAGGAAGAAUGGCCUGCAGUUGGGGAUCCAGAAAUUCUUAAAAAGCAACUGAAGCAGUGCAGGCUUCUUGUCAGUGAUAUUCAGACAAUCCAGCCUAGUCUAAACAGUGUCAACGAAGGUGGGCAGAAGAUAAAGAGUGAUGCAGAGCCAGAGUUUGCUGCUAAACUUGAGCUGGAACUCAAAGAGCUUAAUAGUCAGUGGGACCACAUGUGCCAGCAGGUUUAUGCCAGAAAAGAAGCCUUAAAGGGAGGUUUGGACAAAACUGUAAGCCUUCAGAAAGAUUUAUCAGAGAUGCAUGAAUGGAUGACACAAGCUGAAGAAGAGUACUUGGAGAGAGAUUUUGAAUAUAAAACGCCAGAGGAAUUACAAAAAGCAGUUGAUGAGAUGAAGAGAGCUAAGGAAGAGGCACAGCAAAAAGAAACAAAAGUGAAACUUCUUACUGAGUUUGUCAAUGACGUCAUUGCCCAAGCACCACCCGCAGCACAAGAGGCCUUAAAAAAGGAACUUGAAACUCUAACUACCAACUACCAGUGGCUCUGCACCAGGCUGAAUGGGAAAUGCAAGACUUUAGAAGAAGUUUGGGCAUGUUGGCAUGAGUUAUUGUCAUAUUUGGAGAAGGCAAACAAGUGGCUAAAUGAAGUAGAAUUGAAACUUAAAACCACUGAAAAUAUUCCAGGUGGAACGGAGGAAAUCGCAGAGGUUCUAGGUUCGCUUGAACAUUUGAUGCAGCAUUCAGAUGAUAACCCAAAUCAGAUCCGCGUAUUGGCACAGACCCUAACAGAUGGUGGUGUCAUGGAUGAACUGAUCAAUGAGGAACUUGAGGCAUUUAAUUCUCGUUGGCGAGACCUACAUGAAGAGGCCGUGAAAAGGCAAAAGUUGCUUGAACAGAGAAUCCAGACUGCACAGGAGAUUGAAAAAUCCUUACACUUAAUUCAGGAGUCCCUCUCAUCCAUUGACAAGCAGUUGGCAGCUUAUAUUGCCGACAAAGUGGAUGCAGCUCAAAUGCCUCAGGAAGCCCAGAAAAUCCAGUCGGACUUGACAAGUCAUGAGAUCAGUUUAGAAGAAAUGAAGAAGCAUAACCAGGAAAAGGAGACUUCCCAAAUGGUGUUAUCUCACAUUGAUUUGGUACAGAAACAAUUUCAAGAUGUUUCCUUGAAGUUUCGCUUAUUCCAGAAGCCAGCCAAUUUUGAACAGCGUCUACAAGAAAGUAAGAUGAUUUUAGAUGAGGUGAAGACACACUUGCCUGCAUUGGAAAUUGAGAGUGUGGAACAGGAAGUAGUACAGUCACAAUUGAAUCAUUGUGUGAACUUGUAUAAAAGUCUGAGUGAAGUGAAGUCUGAAGUGGAAAUGGUGAUCAAAACUGGACGUCAGAUUGUUCAGAAGAAACAGACAGAAAACCCUAAAGAGCUUGAUGAAAGGAUAACGGCUUUGAAAUUGCAUUAUAAUGAGCUGGGAGCAAAGGUAACAGAAAGAAAGCAACAGUUAGAGAAAUGCUUAAAAUUGUCCCGCAAGAUGCGAAAGGAAAUGAAUGCCUUGACAGAAUGGCUGGCAGCUACAGAUAUGGAAUUGACAAAGAGAUCAGCAGUCCAAGGAAUGCCUAGCAAUUUGGAGUCUGAGGUCGCCUGGGGAAAGGCUACUCAGAAAGAAAUUGAGAAACAGAAAGUUCACCUAAAGAGUGUGACAGAAGUGGGAGAGUCAUUGAAGACACUUUUGGACAAGAAGGAGACCUUGGUGGAGGAUAAACUGAGUCUUCUGAAUAGUAACUGGAUAGCUGUUACUUCCAGAGCAGAAGAGUGGUUAAACCUUUUGUUGGAAUACAAGAAACACAUGGAAAACUUUGACCAGAAUGUGGAUCACAUCUCAAACUGGAUCAUUCGGGCUGAGAAACUUUUGGAUGAGUCUGAGAAAAAGAAACCUCAGCAGAAAGAAGACAUACUUAAGCGUUUAAAGGCUGAAAUGAAUGACGUUCGCCCAGUAGUGGACUCCACGCGUGACCAAGCAACCACCCUGAUGGCCAACCGCGGCGACCACUGCAGGAAAGUAGUAGAGCCCAAAAUCUCAGAGCUCAACCAUCGAUUUGCAGCCAUUUGUCAAAGAAUUAAGACUGGAAAGGCCUCCAUUCCUUUGAAGGAAUUGGAGCAGUUUAACUCAGAUAUACAAAACUUGCUUGAACCACUGGAGGCUGAAAUUCAGCAGGGGGUGAAUCUGAAAGAGGAAGACUUCAAUAAAGAUAUGAGCGAAGACAAUGAGGGUACUGUAAAAGAAUUGUUGCAAAGAGGAGACAACUUACAACAAAGAAUCACAGAUGAGAGAAAGCGAGAGGAAAUAAAGAUUAAACAGCAGCUGUUACAGACAAAACAUAAUGCUCUCAAGGAUUUGAGGUCUCAAAGAAGAAAAAAGGCUCUAGAGAUUUCUCAUCAGUGGUAUCAGUACAAGAGGCAGGCUGAUGAUCUCCUGAAAUGCUUGGAUGACAUUGAAAACAAAUUAGCCAGCCUGCCUGAACCCAAAGAUGAAAGGAAAUUAAAGGAAAUUGAUCGUGAAUUGCAGAAGAAGAAAGAGGAGCUGAACGCAGUGCAUAGGCAAGCUGAGGGCUUGUCUAAAGAUGGGGCCGCAAUGGCAGUGGAACCAACUCAGAUCCAGCUCAGCAAGCGCUGGCGGGAAAUUGAGAGCAAAUUUGCUCAGUUUCGAAGACUCAACUUUGCACAAAUUCACACAGUCCAGGAAGAGUCUGUGACCAUGAUGACAGAAGACAUGCCUUUGGAAGUUUCUUAUGUGCCUUCUACUUUACUGACUGAGAUCGCGCAUGUCUCACAAACCCUAUCUGAAUUGGAAGAACAACUUAAUGCUCCUGAUCUCUGUGCUAAAGAGUUUCAAGAUCUCUUUAAGCAAGAGGAGUCACUGAAGAAUAUAAAGGAUGCCCUGAAACAAAUCUCAGGUCAGAUUGAUGUUAUUAACAACAAGAAGACAGCAUCAUUGCAAAAUGCCACGCCUACACAAAAGGUGAAGCUUCAAGAUGCGCUCUCACAGCUCUAUUCCCAGUUGAACAGAGUUAACAAGACGUACAAGGAACGACAAGGGAGAUUUGACAGAUCUGUUGAAAAAUGGCGGCGGUUCCAUUAUGAUAUAAAGGUAUUUAAUCAAUGGCUAUCAGAAGCUGAACUGUUCUUCACGAAGACACAAAAUCCUGAGGAUUGGGACCAUGCCAAAUACAAAUGGUAUCUUAAGGAACUCCAGAAUGACAUUGGACAGAGGCGACCUGUUAUCGGAAUAUUAAAUGCAGCUGGAGAAGAAACUAUUCAACAGUCCUCCAAAACAGAUGCCACUAUAUUAAAAGAAAAAUUGGCAAGCCUGAAUCUACGGUGGCAGGAGAUCUGCAACCUGCUGGAAGAAAGAAAAAAGAGGCUAGAAGAACAAAGGAGUAUCGUGUUAGAAUUGCAAAGAGAUUUAAAUGAAUUUGUUUUUUGGUUGGAAGAAGCAGAUAAUAUUACUAGUACUCCAGUUGCACCUGGAAAUGAGAAGCAGCUGAAAGAAAAACUUGAACAAGUCAAGUUACUGAAGGAAGAGUUGCCCCUUCGCCAGGGAAUUCUAAGACAAUUAAACGAAACUGGAGGAAUAGUGCUUCUAAGUGCUCCCAUAAGCCCAGAAGACCAAGAUCAAAUUGAAAAUAAGCUCAAGCACACAAAUCUUCAGUGGAUAAAGAUUUCAAGGAAUUUGCCUGAGAGACAAGGAGAAAUUGAAGCUCACAUAAAAGACCUUGACCAGCUUGAUGAUCAAAUAAAUCAUCUGCUUCUAUGGCUCACUCCUAUUAGGAGUCGAUUGGAAAUUUAUAAUCAACCAUAUCAAACAGGACCGUUUGACAUUAAGGAAACUGAAGUAGUAGUUCAAGCUAAAAAGCCGGAUGUGGAAAGGAUUUUGUCUAAAGGGCAGAAUUUGUACAAGGAAAAACCAGUCACUCAGCCACUGAAGAAGAAGUUAGAAGAACUGAACUUGGAGUGGAAGGUGGUGAAUCAUUUACUUCAAGAACUGAGGUCGAAGCAGGCUGGUCCAGCCUCUGGACAGACCCCUGCUGGAGGCCCUCCGAGACAGACUGUUACUCUGGUGACACAGCCUGUGGUUACCAAAGAAACUGCCAUCUCCAAACUAGAAAUGCCAUCUUCCUUGAUGUUGGAGGUACCUGCUUUGGCAGAUUUCAACCGGGUUUGGGCAGAACUCACCGACUGGCUGUCUCUGCUGGAACGAGUUUUAAAAUCACACAAAGUGAUGGUUGGUGAUGUUGAAGACAUCAAUGAGACCAUCGGUAAACAGGAGGCAACACUACAGGACUUGGACCAGAGACGGCCCCAAUUGGAAGAACUCAUCACUGCUGCCCAGAAUUUGAAGAACAAGACCGGCAAUCAAGAGGCUAGAACAGUCAUCACUGAUCGAAUUGAAAAAAUUCAGAAUCAGUGGGAUGAAGUACAGGACCACCUUCACAACCGGAGACAACAAUUGAAUGAAAUGUUAAAGGAUUCAACACAAUGGCUAGAAGCCAAGGAAGAAGCUGAACAGGUCCUGGGGAAGGCCAGAGCCAAGCUUGAAUCAUGGAAAGAAGGCCCAUACACAACAGAGGCUAUUCAAAAGAAAACCAUCGAAACCAAGCAGUUGGCCAGAGACCUCCGCCAGUGGCAGAAAAACAUAGAUAUGGCAAAUGACCUGGCACUGAAACUUCUACAGAAUUAUCCAGCAGAUGAUACCAGAAAGGUUCACAUGAUAACAGAGAACAUCAAUGCUUCGUGGGGGAGCAUUCAAAAAAGAGUAAGUGAGAGAGAGGCUGCUUUAGAAGAAACUUACAGAUUGCGGCAGCAGUUCCCAUUGGACCUGGAAAAGUUUCUUGCCUGGCUUACAGAAGCUGAAACAACUGCCAAUGUCCUACAGGAUGCCACCCAUAAGGAAAGGCUCGUGGAAGACUCCAAGGGUGUAAGAGAGCUGAUGAAACAGUGGCAAGACCUCCAAGGGGAAAUUGAAGCUCACACAGAUAUCUAUCACAACCUGGAUGAAAAUGGCCAGAAAAUACUGAAAUCCCUGGAAGGUUCAGAUGAUGCUGUCCUGUUACAAAGACGUUUGGAUAACAUGAACUUCAAGUGGAGUGAGCUGCGGAAAAAAUCUCUCAACAUUAGGUCCCAUUUGGAAGCCAGUUCUGACCAGUGGAAGCGCCUGCAUCUUUCUCUUCAGGAACUUCUAGUGUGGCUGCAGCUGAAAGAUGACGAGUUAAGCCGCCAGGCUCCUAUUGGAGGCGAUUUUCCAACAGUUCAGAAGCAGAAUGAUGUCCACAGGGCCUUCAAGAGGGAAUUGAAAACGAAAGAACCUGUAAUCAUGAGUACUCUUGAGACGGUACGAAUAUUUCUGACAGAGCCACCUUUGGAAGGACUAGAGAAAUUCUACCAGGAGCCCAGAGAGCUGCCUCCUGAGGAGAGAGUCCAGAAUGUCACAAGGAUCCUACGAAAACAGGCUGAGGAGGUCAACACUCAGUGGGAAAAAUUGAACCUGCAUUCUGCUGACUGGCAGAGAAAAAUAGAUGAGGCCCUCAAGAGACUCCAGGAACUUCAGGAGGCAACGGAUGAGCUGGACCUCAAACUCCGUCAGGCAGAGGUGAUCAAGGGAUCAUGGCAGCCUGUGGGCGAUCUCCUCAUUGACACACUCCAAGAUCACCUCGAAAAAGUCAAGGCACUUCGAGGAGAUAUUGCACCUCUUAAAGAGAAUGUAAGUCACGUCAAUGACCUUGCUCGUCAACUCACCACAUUGGGCAUUCAACUAUCACCAUAUAAUCUAAACAUUCUUGAAGAUCUGAACACCAGAUGGAAGCUUCUGCAGGUGUCUGUUGAAGAGCGCAUCCGGCAGCUGCAUGAAGCCCACAGGGACUUUGGCCCCGCAUCCCAGCAUUUCCUUUCCACUUCUGUCCAGGGUCCCUGGGAGAGAGCCAUCUCGCCAAACAAAGUGCCCUACUACAUCAACCAUGAGACCCAAACAACUUGCUGGGACCAUCCUAAAAUGACAGAGCUCUACCAGUCUUUAGCCGACCUGAAUAAUGUCAGGUUCUCAGCUUAUCGGACAGCUAUGAAGCUCCGGAGACUGCAGAAGGCUCUCUGCUUGGAUCUCUUGAAUCUGUCAGCUGCCUGCGAUGCCUUGGACGAGCAUAACCUCAAGCAAAAUGACCAGCCUAUGGAUAUCCUGCAGAUCAUUAAUUGUCUGACCACCAUUUAUGAUCGCCUGGAGCAAGAGCACAACAAUCUGGUCAAUGUCCCACUCUGCGUGGACAUGUGUCUGAACUGGCUGCUGAAUGUUUAUGAUACGGGACGAACUGGGAGGAUCCGAGUCCUGUCUUUUAAAACUGGCAUCAUUUCUCUGUGUAAAGCACACUUGGAAGACAAGUACAGAUACCUUUUCAAGCAAGUAGCAAGCGCGACAGGACUUUGUGACCAGCGCAGACUGGGUCUUCUCCUGCAUGAUUCAAUCCAAAUACCAAGACAGUUGGGUGAAGUCGCAUCCUUCGGGGGCAGUAACAUUGAGCCGAGUGUCCGGAGCUGCUUCCAGUUUGCUAAUAACAAGCCCGAGAUCGAAGCGGCCCUCUUCCUGGACUGGAUGCGACUGGAGCCCCAGUCCAUGGUGUGGCUGCCUGUGUUGCACAGAGUAGCUGCUGCAGAAACAGCCAAGCAUCAAGCCAAGUGUAACAUCUGCAAGGAAUGCCCGAUCAUUGGAUUCAGGUACAGGAGUCUAAAGCACUUUAAUUAUGACAUCUGCCAAAGUUGCUUUUUUUCUGGUCGAGUUGCGAAGGGCCAUAAAAUGCAUUACCCCAUGGUGGAAUAUUGCACUCCGACUACAUCUGGAGAAGAUGUUCGCGACUUUGCCAAGGUACUGAAAAACAAAUUUCGAACCAAAAGGUAUUUUGCGAAGCAUCCCCGAAUGGGCUACCUGCCAGUACAGACUGUCUUAGAGGGGGACAACAUGGAAACUCCUGUUACUCUGAUCAACUUCUGGCCAGUAGAUUCUGCGCCUGCCUCGUCCCCUCAGCUCUCACACGAUGAUACUCAUUCACGCAUUGAACAUUAUGCUAGCAGGCUAGCAGAAAUGGAAAACAGCAAUGGAUCUUAUCUAAAUGAUAGCAUCUCUCCUAAUGAGAGCAUAGAUGAUGAACAUUUGUUAAUCCAGCAUUACUGCCAAAGUUUGAACCAGGACUCCCCCCUGAGCCAGCCUCGUAGUCCUGCCCAGAUCUUGAUUUCCUUAGAGAGUGAGGAAAGAGGGGAGCUAGAGAGAAUCCUAGCAGAUCUUGAGGAGGAAAACAGGAAUCUGCAAGCAGAAUAUGAUCGUCUAAAGCAGCAGCAUGAACAUAAAGGCCUGUCCCCACUGCCAUCCCCUCCUGAAAUGAUGCCCACCUCUCCCCAGAGUCCCCGGGAUGCUGAGCUCAUUGCUGAGGCCAAGCUACUGCGUCAACACAAAGGCCGCCUGGAAGCCAGGAUGCAAAUCCUGGAAGAUCACAACAAACAGCUGGAGUCACAGUUGAAUAGACUCAGGCAGCUGCUGGAGCAACCCCAGGCUGAGGCGAAGGUGAAUGGUACAACCGUGUCCUCUCCUUCUACUUCUCUUCAGAGGUCAGACAGCAGCCAGCCUAUGCUGCUUCGGGUGGUUGGCAGUCAAACUUCAGAAUCCAUGGGAGAGGAGGAUCUUCUCAGCCCUCCCCAGGACACAAGCACAGGGUUAGAGGAAGUAAUGGAGCAACUCAACAACUCCUUCCCUAGUUCGAGAGGAAGAAAUACCCCUGGAAAGCCAGUGAGAGAGGACACAAUGUAGGAAGCCUUUUCCAUAUGGCAGAUGAUUUGGGCAGAGCGAUGGAGUCCUUAGUUUCAGUGAUGACAGAUGAAGAAGGGGCAGAAUAAGUGUUUUACAACUCAUGAUUCCCGCAUGGUUUUUAUAAUAUUCAUACAACAAAGAAGAUUAGACAGUAAGAGUUUACAAGAAAAAAAUCUAUAUUUUUGUGAAGGGUAGUGGUACUAUACUGUAGAUUUCAGUAGUUUCUAAGUCUGUUAUUGUUUUGUUAACAAUGGCAGGUUUUACACGUCUAUGCAAUUGUACAAAAAAAAGUUAUAAGAAAACUACAUGUAAAAUCUUGAUAGCUAAAUAACUUGCCAUUUCUUUAUAUGGAACGCAUUUUGGGUUGUUUAAAAAUUUAUAACAGUUAUAAAGAAAGAUUGUAAACUAAAGUGUGCUUUAUAAAAAAAGUUGUUUAUAAAAACCCCUAAAAACACAGAGAUACAGACACACACCCACACACUUGCACACACACACGCGCACACACACACACACACACACACUUGGAGGCAACACAUUGUUUUGCAUCCUUUUAACAUAAUAUCCAUAAUUAAAGUCAUGGUUUUUCCUUUUCUUAAGUAUAAAAGAUAGGACUUCCUCUAACACCAUCAAAUGACUAUUUCCCGUUACCCUUUUUGGAGUUUUCGACUGAGUCGCUGUGGGGUUUCGUUUUAUACAUCUAUAUGUCUAUGAGUAUGUAAAUACUAUAGGUAUAUAGAAACAUUUCUGGAGACCUUUAAAUCUCUUGUUCAAAUGUUUUUUGCCACUUCUAGUGGAAAGAAAUUGCUUCUGGUCAUCCAAGCUUACCUGCUUGGUCUACAACGAAUUUUCCUGAGAGCCUAAUACCGGAAGGAAAUUACCACGUAAACAGCGUCUGAGGCUCCAGAUGUUUCUCAUUUUAAACUUUUCACUGACAACUACAACACUGAAUUUUUUUCAAGAAACAUGAAUGAGGACACAGGACUUAUUAUGUCAGAGUAAUUCAUUAGUUGAUAUAUUCAGCUUCUGCUGCUGGCAAUGCCUCUAUAUAGUUUUAAUGAUUCUUCAUUGGAAGUAAGAGCAUCAGAAGGCAUGUGAAACUUCUAAGCUGUGAGAGGAAUAGGGUAUGGCUGGAGGACGAUGAAGUCCCAGCUGACCCCAGGGAAAGAAAAAACCAUUCUUGAAGCAGCGGGUGGAUGUGUAUAAAGAUACAUAGAGAUCUUUAGAAUUACAAUGGAAUUAUUCUUCCCUCUUCUCACAGUCAAACAGCCAUAGAUUUUCUUCUUUAAAAGAUUUUAUUCCACUGCAGUGAAGUUUCAAAUUUCACAAGGCUUAAUUUGAAAAUAACUCUGGGGAAACCGUGUAAGACAGUAGUCCUAAUCACAUUGUGAGACUUUUUUAAGUAUUGGCUGAGAAGCCCAGGAACUGUUUCCCUCCUUUGCAUUACUCUACAAACAAUUCCAUGCAGGUUUGUGAGAGUGCAAAUUGAUUCAGAUGUUCUUGAUGGGUACUGUCAGAUGAAAGGUACUCUAAAGCCUUUUGAGGGGAUCAGGCAGGUUAAAUAUAUGAAUAAACAAAAAUCAUUCAAAAAGAAGAAACACUCAAGAGGACAAGCUAAGGACUGCUAGAAAAAGCUUUACUCUUUCAUUUCAUCUUAUUAGUCUUUGUUUUUUAAAAAUCAUUUUCCAGUAGAAAUCACUGUGUGACCUAUUUUGCAAAUCUGUUACCUCUUACAUCAAGUGUAAUUAACUUUUGGAGAGUGGAUUUUGUCCAUUGUUUCAUUAAUAAUAAUUAACAUCAAACAUGGCUUCUCAUGCUAUUUCUACCUCACUUUGGUUUUGGGGUGUUCCUAAUAAUUGUGCACACCUGAUUUCACAGCUUCACCAUCUGUCAAUUGUGUGAGCAUUUUCUCUAUUUUCUUUUUUCUUUAUAAUUUCCAAAAGAAAACCCAAAGUUCUAAGGUAACAAAUUAUAUAUGAUUUGGUUUUAGUCUUGGAUUUUUUCCAUUCUGUGAUGCUAGACUUCUACCCAGGAAUCUUUUUAACCACAACUUAAAACUAGGGAUUAUUUUACUUCCUACUAAGAAGUUUUGAGUUUUAUUCUUAAAUCAGAGGUAAAUAGAGUGCGUAAUUUUAAUCUUUUUGUUUUAUCUUUUAGACAUUAGUUCUGGAGUGAGUCUGUCAAAAUAUUUGAAUAAAAUUUGAGAGCUUUAUUGCUACAUCUUAAGCAUAAUUUGGACAUUAUUUCGUGUUCUUUAUAACCACUGAGUAUUAAAAUGUAAAUCAUAAUGUAACUGAAGUGUAAACAUCACAUGGCAUGUUACGUCAUUGUUUUCAGAUACUGGGUUCUCACUUGAGUAUCAUAAUAUAUUGUGUUUUAACACCAACACUGUAACAUUUACUAAUUAUUUUUUUAAACUUCAGUUUUACUGCAUUUUCACAACAUAUCAGACUUCACCAAAUAUAUGCCUUACUAUUGUAUUAUAUUACUGCUUUACUGUGUAUCUCAAUAAAGCACGCAGUUAUGUUACA